AUGCUGGAUGAUCUGGAGAAAGCUGGGCAGACCGAACCUGAAACUCAUCGGCCCGCCCUCAAAGUAGUGCAGCUAGGCGCUUCUACGGUUCGAGGGGGUCGACGACCAAUUGUUAUCGAUGAAGAUUUCCUUGCGCAGGCAGUUCGGUUGAGAGGACCUUCGCAAAUAGCCAAGGCUUUGGGGUGCUCCGCUCGAACGAUACGCCGUAGGAUUUUGGAACUACAAUUGGCUCCUGCGGGCCCUGCCGUAUUUCAAGUCCGGUCUCGUCCCGACGGGUGGGAAGAACUUGAACGGAACAAUCAAUGCGGGCGAUCAACCCAUCAGACUGAGAUAUCGGAUGAAGACUUGGAUUCAUUGACGUUUGCUAUUCUCCAGCUUUUCCCCCCGUGCUGGAAGAAGUAUGACGAUGGGUCAACUUGCGAGCCAGGGUGUUCGGGUAUCCCGUACCAGGUUACGUUCAUCGCUCCUCAGAGUCUAAUACGAUGGAAACUGGUUACUCAUGCGUUCAUCGACGGCAAAUCUCGGUUCGUGACUGGCUUGGGCGUUCACAACAAUAACCGGGCACAUACUGUGCUUUCUUUAUUCCUGGCUGCAGCUACUCAAUUUGGUGUGCCGAGUCGCGUUCGAGGGGAUCAUGGCGUAGAGAAUGUCAAGGUAGCUGAAGCAAUGGAAGAAAUCCGUGGCCCAGGCAGGGGGUCAUAUAUUUUCGGCCGGUGCUGGAACAACUGCCUCCAUAUCCUCUCUUGA